AUGGGCCGAAAAACGCCCAAUCUCCCUGUCGAAAUUCUCUCCGAAAUCUUGGAAUACCUGCCUGAAUCCAAUCUUCUCGAUGUUACAACCGUCUCUCGCACAUUCCACGGGAUAUGUACGCGCAAGCUGUACAAAGAGGUCUAUCUGAAGGGUUUCAAACGCUUUAAAUUAUGUGUAGAAACCCUGGCCUUCAACCAGACAGCGGCCUCCUAUGUCAAAUCUCUGGCGGCACUGGUUUCCGGGGCAGAAGUGACGCCCAUGUUCACCCGUUCUCUCCGCGCGGCGCUUCAGAACGUCGCACUCAGCGUCACGCAUCUGGGGUUCACCUGCACCGACAAUUCGCUCAAAAUUGGCCAUCUGCUUAGGAGGAUAUCAUUCCCCAAACUUUCGGUUUUCCGGAUCAACGAACCCUUGGACAAGGAGCUGGCUGUUUUCCUCCAGAAUAACGACCGAAUAGAGACCUUGUCGGUAGGCUAUAGAGUUGAGCUUCCCGUGAAGGGACGCGGGCGAGCGAAGGACUAUCACCGCGACAUGCGUAUCGGGAUGCCUCGAUUGCGCCAUUUUCGUGGUCCUUCACAGGCGCUAUCCAUAUUCCUUCCCAAUUCGUCUGUCGAUGAGGUCGAGAUUAUUGGAGACACGACUGCCCAAUGGAUGGAAGCACUGUCCAUGACAGCAGUACCGCUCCAGGUGCUCUCCAUGAAAUGUUCCCUCGUCAUGGAGGAGGCGGUGCUCAACCACAUCCGGACCAACCUUACCCAUCUGACAGAGCUUAAAAUGCACUGUUAUCAGUGGGACUCUCAGAGCCCAUUCGUCACGAAACUCGCAGCCGUAGUCCCAAACCUGCCCAAACUGCGUUCCUUGUUGAUUUUCAACGAAUGGACAUCUCGACAGCCCACCUACUUAACGCUGGAAGAGGAUUAUCGCUGUAUACAGAACUUGACUGCUAACCAGGAAAGACUGACGAUGAUCGAGACGCCGGCGCGAUUUGACCAAGAUCCAGUGAAAGUCCAAUGGGCGAGACUCAAGAAAAGCGGCCAGUGGAUCCCCUUGUGCUCCCAAAAGGACGCGGUACGCUGGCUGUACGCGCGUACCGGUCUUCACCUCUCCCUCCAGAACCGCAUCUUCCGCGUCUUUGCCAUCGGCCCAGCCGCCAUCCUCAAUGUCAUCGAUCGCACCGUCCCACCGGAGCCAACAGCAGAACGGAAGGACGCGGCGAUCACCGAGAUUGGGAGAGCUGCGGCGAAAUUCUUCAACCGAGUGUAUAAAGUCGACGGCGAGGGCGAGGACAAGGACGAGGACGAGCGACUUCGAGUUCCGAUUCGAAGUGGCAACAACCGGGUUCAUCGACCAUACGUUGAUCGAAUUGGAGAUGUUCUCCCUGGUACAGAGUCGAUGACCGAAAUCUGGGAUGGCUACUGCACGUUGCUCGGUAUGGCUGCCAUGCAUCCCGUCGAGUAUACCACGAUGAGGGCGCUCGCUGACAUUGACGAUGUUCUGGGGGACGAUCACAUCCCUGUGCUUGAUGAGACCCAGAGAGAGACUCUGGACUUCAUCAUGACGCUUUUGUGGUGUGCGAUGUGUAGUAUGGAGUUGGAGAUAUGGCAUUUCCUGAGGAACCCGGAGCAGGAAUGGACUGGGACUUGUAUGUUUCAUACACUCGACUCUGUUACAACGGUCUAG